AGUGGGAAAUUCAAUUUGAAAGAUUUUGCAUUUAGUGCUUUUUUUCUUGCUUCACCUGAAUCCAUUAAAGCAAUUGAAGGACAUUUUCGACCUUCAAAUCAGCUGAUCUUCUCCCUCUCUCACGAGGAUAGCAAGAAGCUCAAUCUUUCUCUUUGAAUCCUCUCUCCGAAACACCCCAAAAAGUUAAUACUGAAAAAAUGUGGGCUCUGCGUGGUGUGAUCUCAGCGGUUUCGGCACUUCUAGUGCCGCUGUCGGUGGUGUAUAGUGUUGUUCUUCCAUUGGAGAGGGCUUUUCCAGUUAACCACUCACUUCCUCUGAGUCAACUCAGAGCUCGAGACCAUGCCAGGCAUCCGAGAAUCUUGCAAGGUGUUACAGGCGGCUUUGUUGACUUCCCAGUUCAAGGCUCCUCUGAUCCAUCUCUUAUUGGUGGCUCAUAUUGGCUUUAUUUUACGAAAGUGAAGUUGGGUUCUCCUUCUAGAGAAUUCAAUGUGCAAAUUGAUACCGGAAGUGACAUUUUGUGGGUUGCUUGCAGUACCUGCAGUAAUUGCCCUCAAAUCAGUGGACUUGGAGUUCAGCUUAAUUUUUUCGACACUUCUAGCUCAUCAACUGCUAGACCAGUUCCCUGUUCAGAUCCACUGUGUGCUUUAGAAAUUCAGACAGCAACUGAAUGUCCUCCUCAAAGUAACCUGUGCGGUUAUUCAUUUCAAUAUGAAGAUGAAAGUGGGACAUCAGGCUCAUAUAUAUAUGACACAUUGUAUUUUGACGCUAUUUUGGGUGAGGCUAUUACUACUAACUCUUCAGCGCCAAUUGUUUUCGGGUGUAGCACCUAUCAGAGUGGGGACUUGACUAAAACAGAUAAAGCAAUUGAUGGGAUAUUUGGAUUUGGCCAAGGGGAUCUGUCAGUUAUAUCACAACUGUCAUCUCGUGGGAUAACACCCAGAGCUUUCUCUCAUUGCUUAAAAGGAGAGGGCAAUGGAGGCGGUAAAUUGGUUCUUGGGGAGAUUUUGGAGCCAAGCAUUGUUUAUACUCCACUGGUUCCAUCAAAGCCUCAUUAUAAUAUAAAUUUGCAGAGCAUUUCUGUCAAUGGAACAUUAUUACCCAUUGAUCCAGCGGCAUUUGCAGCUUCAAAUAACAGAGAAACUAUUGUUGACUCUGGAACAACUUUAACUUACCUUGUAGAAGAGGCUUUUGAUCCUUUUGUUGAUGCUAUAACUACAAGUGUGUCACAAUCUGUGACUCCCACCGUAUCUAAAGGAAAACAGUGUUAUCUGGUCUCCACCAGGUUCAGUCUUAAACUUCAUCUUUCGGAUGAAUAUACUGUACUUACUUGCCCUUUAUUAAUUUGUAAACAUCUGAAGCUAAAUUUCUGUUUUCAAUUCAGUGUAUCCGAGAUAUUCCCCAUGGUUAGUCUAAAUUUUGAUGGUGGUGCAUCCAUGAUUUUAAAACCAGAAGAGUACCUUACACAUUUUGUUUUCUAUGGUGGUGCUGCGAUGUGGUGCAUUGGUUUUGAGAAAGUUCAAGGAGAAGUAUCCAUUUUAGGAGAUCUUGUUCUAAAAGAUAAAAUCUUUGUAUAUGAUCUGGCUCAGCAACGACUCGGAUGGGCUAACUAUGAUUGUUCCUUGUCUGUAAAUGUCUCAAUAACUGUUGGCAAGGAUGAGUUCAUAAAUGCGGGACAGCUUAGUGUGAGUAGUUCAUCAAGAGACAUGCUCUUAAAAAUGCUACUUUUGAGCUUCAUUGCUCUCCUCUUGCACAGCCUGGUGUUCAUGGAGUCCUAAUUUGUCUGAUUAUAAUAUAAACAUAUAUUUUGCCAUCCCCGAUUUGAUAUGGCUGAUAGCUGCUUAAUUCUUCCGGGGUUCUGGUUACUGGUAAUGAUAGCUGUCUUCAAGUGUUGAUUGGAAUUCAGCCUUUUGCUUGUAAAGGAUCAGCCAUCAAAAUCUCGUAGGUUGAGUGAGUAUUUUACAUCAAACUGGGCAACUGGAAGCAGAACAGAAUACAAUGAUUAUUUAUUUAUUGUGGUACCAAUAGAUAUAGAAGUUAUAUCAAAUUUGUAAUAUAUGUUUAUUUUAGCAACUCAAACUGUUCAUUUCUGUAUCUGCAUUGAUCAGAAAAAUGUCAUUUUUGAAAAGCUUUUCUGCUUAUAAUGCUGAAAGGCCUAAAAGGUUUCAAUUCCUACA